AUGUUGCACCCAGCCCAGCCACCCAGUCCACAGUCACCCCAGUCCAGUCACCCAGUCCAGCCAGCCAGUCCACAGCACCAGCCCACGUCAACCCACCAGCACCCAGUCCAAGUCACCCAGUCCAGUCAACCCAGUCACAGUACCCCAGUCCAGUCACCCAAUCCAGUCACCCAGUCCACAGUCCCAGUCCAGCCACCCAGCCAGUCACCAGUCCAAGUCACCCAGUCCAGAGUCACCAGUCCACAGGCACCAGUCCACCCAAUCCAGCACCCAGUCCACAGUCCACCCAGUCCCAGUCACAUCAACCAUCCCCAGUCCACCCAGUCCAGUCACCCAGUCCACAGUCACCCAGUCCAGUCACCCAAUCCACAGUCACCCAGUCCAGCCACCAGUCCACAUCACCCAGUCCAGUCACCCAAUCCCACAGUCACCCACAUCAGUCACCCAGUCCAACCACCAAGUCCACAGUCAGUCACCCAAAUCCCAGUCACCAGUCCAGUCACCCCAUCACCCAGUCCAGUCACACCAGUUCACAGUCACCCAGUUCACAGUCACCCAAUCCAGUCACCAGUCCAGCCACCCGCAGUCCCAGCCCCAGUACCAUCACCCAGUCACAACAGUCACCCAGUCCAACCCAGUCCAGUCAACCCAGUUUCACAGUCACCCAGUUCACAGUCACCCAAUCCACCACAGUCACCCAGUCCAGCAUCCAGUCCCAGUCACCCAGUCCAACAGUCACCCAGUCCAGUCACCCAAUCCAGUCACCCAGUCCACAGUCACGCCAGUUCCAGCCACCCAGUCACUGUCAACCCAGUCCCACCCACCCAGUCCACAGUCACCCAGUCCACAGUCACCCAGUCCAGCCACCCAGUCCACAGUCACCCUCCACAGUCACCCAGUCCACAGUCACCAUCCAGCCCACCCGUCAGUCCCAGUCCAGUCACCCAAUCCACAGUCACCCAGUCCAGUCACCCAUCAGUCACACACCCAAUCCACAGUCACCUCCAGUCCAGUCACCCACCACAGUACCCAGUCCAGUCACCCAAGUCCACAGUCACCCAGUCAACGAACCAUACUUUGUUGCCAACAGACCCCGAGUCGUUAAUGGCAGUGUUGCCAGAGACCCCUCCCUCACCGGUGUCUGCACGCGCCGCCCUCUACGUCAGAAUUGCACCAGUGACUUGGCAACAUGAUAAGGCAAUGCAGCUUGGUCAAUACCGCGAAAUGUCGCUCUGUCUUUUGUCCCUCUCGCCUCUUCUCGUCUCUCUGUCUUAUAUCCUCCAUCGAACGCCGCCUACGGCGCACUGUCGCUCUCCUCUCCAGCUGUGUGGAUGUGAUUUCGGUAUCUGGUCUGCGUAUGAUGCUGUACCGUACGCAUGUACUGAUUUAGAGUUUGCGUUUCCCACUCUACGUCAAAAUUUCGGGUUAUCGACGCCAUCGUCUCAAGAAAACGGAUCCUCCGUCCGCUCAGCUCCGACGGGACCCCUGGGCUAUGACGUCAUCAGUAGAUCCUGGCUUAUGACGUCAUCAGUAGCUCCUGGCUUAUGGCGUCAUCAGUAG